UUGAGCUCGACCGAACCCCGUCCAUUUUCAGGAGUGCGAUGAAUAACCUCCCAUUCAUACUUUCAGCUCUUUUCGAGUCUACCUGGUGUUGGCGAUUUAAAUCCAAAUCGUACUGUUCUCCACAAAUAAGCAUUUGUAGUCUUGCUCAGGUACUCGGCCAAGUAUCAAGCGUUAAACCAUUCGAUGCUCCCCGUUCAUCCGCGAUCCGGGUGGACUUGUCUUUCUUCUAAAAUGAUCGGUUUCUGCUCGGAUUAAAGGGGCCUCCAUCCACCCUUUCUCAGCAUGACACUCUCGCCCAUCGCCCCACCCCACAUUCAUAAUACGCGAUUCUUCUUUCCAGAUGGAACAGUGAUAUUUCUUGUUGGGAGCAUGCUCUACAAAGUGCACCGUUAUUUCUUUCAAAGGGACUCCUCAAUCUUUGAUGCCAUGUUCUCCUUACCCCCUCCUGAAGGCAAACGCCCUGAGGGCGAAGACGAGAAUAAUCCCAUAGUUUUGGUAGGCGUCGAGCCUCAAGACUUUGACCGGUUGUUGGCAAUCUUUUACCCUUGCGACUUUGUGGAGCCGGAGCUCCGAACCAUCGAAGAAUGGAUAUCAAUCCUCAACCUCUCAACUCGCUGGGACUUUACCUCUCUUAGAGAACUCUCCAUCACUCGAAUUUCCCAAGUCCUCGAUGACCCUUCAGACCUGAUCGUACUUGGUAUUCAAUACAACGUCACCAGCUGGCUUGUGUCGGCGUAUACCGAGAUUUGCGAACGAAAAGAACCGUUGACGUUGGAAGAGGGGAGGAAGGUCGGGGUAGACCUUUGUGUGAUGAUAGCGCAGGCCAGGCAUAAGAUACGAUACAACUCGAAUCUGAAUAGGGAUCAUGAUACGAUUGUCCAGGUCAUACGACACAUCUUUAACCUGAAGUGAAAGAGUGACGUACUUGUUAGUUUCGCC